AUCAACACCUAUAGCCUACAUCCCGGUGCCGUGAACACCGAUGUAGGUCGACAUAUGGGCAUGAGUGCCAUCAGCGAGAAAGUAGCACGUACAGUAUCGUUGACACCCGAGUUGGGCGCACAAACCAGCCUUCACUGUAUUCUCACUGAGGGUCUGGACGGGGAAUCAGGCUUUUAUUACUCAAAUUGUGAACGUGUUGAUAAAAUGGUACCGACGGCAACCGAUGAGAAAAUGUCCCAGGCACUCUGGGAGUUAAGUUGCGAGCUAGUUAAUUUAGAACCUCACUUGCGUAUACCCGUCCAUAAAACCAAUGCUUGGUAA